UAUGAAAAAAAAGCUGAAAUAGCCAUAUCUGUGUUUUGUACAGAUGCAUGUACGCUGACUUUGGACACAAACACAGUUGCCAAGUCUCUCUUUCUGCACGAUAGUGGAAAGCAGGUGACGUGGGUCAGGGAGACACAGCAGUACCCAGAUCACCCCGACAGGUUUGAGAGUGUCUCCCAGGUGCUGUGUCGCGAAGGCCUCACCCGACGCCACUACUGGGAGGUGGAGUGGCGAGGACGCUGGGUGGACGUUGCUGUGGUGAUGAGGGGGAUCCGUCGGAGGGCUGGCUCUCACCUCUGUGGGUUUGGAUACACAGAUCAGUCCUGGAGUCUGUUCUGCUCUGAGGAUCACUACAGCGCUCAGCAUGACAACAAGCCUGUAGAAAUACCAGCACCCCUGUCUCGCUCCCACAGGGUUGGAGUGUAUCUGGACUGGCCUGGUGGCUCCCUGUCCUUCUACAGUGUCUCCUCUGGGACUCUCAGUCACCUUCACACGUUCCACGGCUCCUUUACUGAGCCUCUCUACCCCGGGUUUGGGAUGGAGGAGGAUGACUGUUCUGUCACUAUUUGCACAGUAGAGUGUUUGCCAACAUUAAUUUCUCGGUCAGCUAGUGCAGAAAGAAUUGAGGAAUUUUGACUGCACGUUGAUUUGGGUUGCUGAACAUUGAAAUGUGAUGAAUAGGAGCAAAAGAGAAUUCUGAAUGUUCACUUAUGCUGUCUAAAUGGAUUUCAAACCUACAAGAAAAAACAUAUGUAUGAAAACAUGGACAUUGUAAAAAAAAAAAAAGGAUAAUGCAAAUUUGCUAGCAUUUAUCAUGAAAAAGUCUGUUUCACUAAAUAAGCUGUUAUGUUGUGACAAAUAAAUGUACCUACCUAAAAGUAGUAGUAGUGAGUAAGGAUAGCAAAUAUCAAUCUACAUUCAUGCUAGCAGCUCUGUGAGGUUGCACUUCUGUAAAGCUGCACUUUGAGUUCAAUGCUAACGUCAGCAAGCUAACAUGAUCAAAAUGACAAUGCUAACAUGCUGAUGUGUAGCUAAUAUGUUUACCAUGUUCACCAUUUAGUUAAGCGUGUUAGCAUGCAAACAUUUGCUAUUUGACUCUAUAUGAAUAGCAAAAUAAUAGAAUUGUGAAUUUUUGCCGAAACUGUCCAACCUAUGUAUUUUGCAGUUGUCACAAUCAGACCUGAAGGACAAUAAAUAUGACCACAGUGUUUUAAAAAAAAAGGUUAAUCUUAAACAACCAACUGUAAACUUUUAAGUUAUCUUGUUUGCAGUGUUUAAUUUGCUAGUGCACACGAGGAUUUUCAAUCCAUAUCAGAGUAGUGAUUCCGGGGACUUGGGAUCUCACAGAUCCCAGAAAAAACAAGUAGACUGUUGUCAGCUAGUUGCACUUUUGUGUGCUAUCUUUUGCACAGAAAAACAAAAAACAUUAAAUCUGUGGAUAAACCCAUGGCUGAGAAGAGGGAAUCAGCAUGGUUUAUUAUAGAGCUGGGAUGAGUGAUGUGUGUUGUAUCACCAGCUGCGUUCAAUCCAGGCUGCUUAUAACACUGCAUAUCUUUAAGGAAUUCUGUAACUGUAACAUCU